CGCCUUACCGGGCAUUUUUUGUUACUACAAAACAAUAAAUUUUAUAAACAUUAACUAGGCCUAAUCGUAAUGAGGAAAAGAGAGGGCAGUCGAAUCUAAAAGUAUUGCAUUUAAAAUUUUUUUAGAUCUAGUAUUUUACUUAGGUUGCGUGAUCAAUAGUUUUCCAUAAUACCUCACUAUUAUUUUGAAAUAAGUGAACACCAAAACACAACACACUAAACAGCGCAAUGUUCAGAGGCGGUGACGAUGGUUUUGGAGGUUAUGAGGGAGGUGGCUUUGAUACAUCGGGCUUUGGCACCGGGGAGACACCCCAAGCUGAUAAGAAGGGUCCAAAAAGGACAGAUCAUCUUGUUCCUGUGACUGUUAGGCAAGUCCUGGAUAGCCCAGAUACAGGAUUGAAAAUUGGUCAAUCGGACAUGGAAGCUCAGAUGUUGAAACUGGUGGGAAUCGUUAAGAAGAUAAAUAGAUCAAGUGUGAAAAUUAUAUACACCCUAGAAGACAACACAGGUUCAAUCGAAGGAAUCCAUUGGCUUGAAGCUGAAACUGAUGAGAAUUUUGUGGUUCCGGUAGUUGAAAACACGUACGUCUCCAUGAUUGGGGCGGUUCGUAAUGCAAAUGCGCAGUUCACACAGAAGCAUAUAAUGGUUUUCAAAAUACAACCCAUCACUGAUCUGAACGCCGUCACUCAACACGUGCUGUCUAUCAUACACCUCACGUUGAAGUCUGAGGAUCUAACCCAACAGACACCAGUGCCUGCAGCAAAGCAAGAAAUGUCCACUACAUACGGAGGCAUGGACACGAGUAUGGGCGGAGGGAGUGACUAUGCAGCAGGGUUUAACCUGAACCCUCAGCAGCAACGAGUCCUGAAGGCGGUCGCUCAAAACUGUCAAUCUGAACUGGGAGCAAGCGUAGAAACAAUCGUCAGCUCUUUGACAGUGAAAAUGCCUAUGAAAGAAGUCGAAAAAAUUCUGGAAUUCCUCGCCAGCGAAGGCCAUGUUUAUUCCACCUCUGAUGAGAGACACUACAAAGCCACUGAUUCUUUCAACUAAUAAUUAAUUACAUUUUGUUCUAAACAACAUUUUUUGUAAUUUUUAAGCUUUUUUGUACAUAUUAGUCAAUUAAAUUAAAUUUGAAACCGGU